UUCUCCUACCCCUUGGUUGCAUAAACCAUCCAUCCCUAUCCCAGUCUUUGUUCUCUGUGUCUUGCUCUGUCCAACUGGUAGCAUGUCUGCCCCGGUCUCUCCAUCUCCAUCUCUGUCUCCCCUGGCCCUGUCCUCCCCAUCUCCAUCCUCCUCUCCGCUCCCCUCUCCUCUGUCUCCUCCCCCCAGGCUGCCAGUCUUCCAGAGGAAGGGAGCUCUCAAACACAAGAGGAUCAUUGAAGUGAAGGACCACCAGUUCACUGCCCGAUUCUUCAAGCAGCCCACUUUCUGCAGCCACUGCACUGACUUCAUCUGGGGAAUUGGAAAGCAAGGAUUCCAGUGUCAAGUCUGCAGUUUUGUGGUGCACAAACGCUGCCAUGAGUUCGUCACUUUUACUUGUCCUGGAGCCAUCACCACUCCCAAAGCAGAGGAUCUCAAGAGCAAGCACAAGUUUAAAGUACAGACAUACUCCAGUCCUACCUUCUGUGAUCACUGUGGGUCUCUGCUCUACGGCCUCAUACAUCAGGGCAUGAAAUGUGCCAGUUGUGACAUUAAUGUACACAAGCGUUGUGAGAGCAGCGUCCCCAGCUUGUGCGGACAGGACCACACUGAGAAAAGGGGACGGAUUCGUCUCACCGUGCGUGGAGAGAAGGAAGACCUAUAUGUCACAGUGCAUGAGGCACAUAACCUGAUACCCAUGGACCCUAACGGCCUGUCGGACCCUUAUGUGAAGCUCAAACUCAUUCCUGAUCCAAAGAGCCAGAGCAAACAGAAAACCAAAACUAUCCGUUCUACACUCAACCCCAUCUGGAACGAGAGCUUCACCUUUUCAGUGCGUGGGAGGCAGUGGGACAGGCGUUUGUCUGUAGAGGUCUGGGACUGGGACCGGACCUCAAGGAAUGACUUCAUGGGCGCUCUGUCGUUUGGUGUUACUGAGAUAUUCAGACGUUCCGUCAGCGGCUGGUUCAAACUUCUCAACCAGGAUGAGGGAGAGUAUUAUAACAUCCCUGUACCCGACCCAGACCUGCAGGUACCAGAGGCUGCUAUCGAACCCUCUAUUCCUCCUCCUCAUGUUAACAUAACACCUGUUCCUUCUGUGACCCCACCCGCUCUAAGCCCGACUCCCACUGUACUGCACACGGGCAAUGGCCAAAUCGGACUGCACGAUUUCAACUUCCUCAUGGUUCUGGGCAAAGGGAGUUUUGGCAAGGUCCUGUUGGCAGAGGAGAGGGGCAGCGAGCGCUUGUUUGCGGUGAAGGUGUUGAAGAAAGAUGUACUGUUUCAGGAUGAGGACACGGAAAGCGCCAUGGUGGAGAGAAGAGUGCUGGGCCUCGCGGGGCGACCUCACUUUCUGACCGCCCUCUACUGCGCCUUUCAGACUGAGGAUCGUCUGUAUUACGUCAUGGAGUAUGUGAAUGGAGGUGAUCUUAUGUUUCACAUCCAAAUUGUUGGCAAGUUUAAAGAACCACACGCAGCGUUCUAUGCAGCUGAGAUAGCGUUGGGUCUGUUCUUCCUGCACAACAAAGGAAUCAUAUACAGAGAUCUAAAGCUGGACAAUGUCCUGCUGGACAGUGAAGGACACACAAAGAUAGCAGACUUUGGGAUGUGUAGGGAAGGCAUGAUGGCAGGGGACACCACUCGCACCUUCUGUGGCACACCCGAUUACAUCGCACCUGAGAUUGUGGCGUAUCAGCCGUAUGGUAAAGCAGUGGACUGGUGGUCAUAUGGAGUCCUCCUUUAUGAGAUGCUGGCUGGGCAGCCUCCUUUUGAUGGCAUAGAUGAGGAGGAGCUGUUUCAGUCCAUCAUGGAACAGAGCGUUUCAUAUCCUAAGAGUCUCUCUCGGGAGGCUGUGGCCAUCUGCAAAGGGCUCCUCACCAAGAACCCUGUUAAGCGUUUGGGUGGAGGAGAGGAUGCAGAGAGAGAGCUGCGGGAGCAUCCUUUUUUCCGCUGGAUAGACUGGGAUCGGCUGGAGAGACUGGAGAUACAGCCUCCCUUCAAACCCAGAAGUGGAGGCAAAAAAGGAGAAAACUUUGAUAAGUUUUUCACAUCCGCCCCCUCUGCCCUCACGCCCUCUGACCCGGAUGUUCUCGCUGCCAUAACUCAAGAGGAAUUCCAAGGCUUCUCCUACAUGAACCCGGAAUUUCCCCCCUCACCCCUCACAGCUGUCUGAGAAAACCUUGAUCGAUCCUCAUCAACCAUCUUGUGACUUUUAUUCUGCUCCUGUUCAUGAUUUAAACUACAGUGACCAAAAAAAAAAACAUUGUGUAAUCUGGCUUUAGCUUGCUUACAAUAGGAGUCUGUCUCAAUUAGACCAAACAUCUCCUUCUAAAACAACACCACAAUGAUUUAAAUGAUCUUUACAGUAAAAAAAUAAGCAUUAAUAAUAUUUAGCCAGUCCACUCUGAGAGUAUUAGUCUGAAUUAUUUAAGGGUCAUGCAUUCAUGCCAUUAUCUCAUUGGACAAUAGGAUCUUAUUGGAUAUCCUUUUGGAUGCUAGUAGUUGCCAUGACCUAAUUGUAACUGACUGCACCAUAGAAACCAGCAUGAACAUGAUUGCCCCCAUGUUUUAAAGUUCACUUCAAGCUGAUUAUUUCAUCUCAGAUCAAACUCAGUCUUUGUGUGAGAUCCUGUUCGCUCUGGUUUGGUUUAGUUAACCAAAUAAGUGUAGACAGGUGAGCAAACACUGGUCAUCCUUUUAGCAUCAGACAACUGGUAUAGAAGCUCAGUAAUAUGAUUUAGAAGGCACACACAUGACAACUAGAUGCAAAAAAAUGAUUAAUGCUUCAGCAUAUAUACUACUUGUUUGUGACAUGAAUGUUAGAGCAUACUGUAUAUGUAGAUGCAUCAGAAUUCAGUCCAAAUAUGAGACCGAUUAUAAAUGUUUGCAUCAUCUAAGUAUUAUGCAAAAAUAAGUUAUCGGGAUCCA